GAGUCCGCGCAGCAGUCCUCCCCUCGGACUCCUUUUGGAGCUCCGCAGACGAGGAAGACGACGCUCUGCUCGCUUUUUCUGUGGAUUGUCGUCUUGCGUUUGGGAACAUCGGACCGAGGACUUUCAUUCCCGAGGAUUCUUGUCGCUAUUUGGAUAUUUUGGGAUCCGCGAUGGCCUGUUCGUGGCUGCGCGCCGUCAGAGGCCGAUGGCGCACGCUGCUUGUCGUUCUUUGUCUCUGCGAGCUGCGCUCCGUCAGCGGACAGGCUCGCUAUUCCGUAGCGGAGGAGCAGGCAGAAGGCUCUUUCGUUGGGAACAUUGCGAGAGAUUUGGGCUUGGAUGUGGCCAGACUAGUAGCAGGUAAAGCUCGUAUUAUUACCAAAGGAGGCCGACAGUACGUGGAGUUAAUGCGAGACAAAGGCACACUUGUCAUUCGGGAGCGCAUCGACCGAGAGGAGCUUUGUGGGAAGACGACGCCCUGCAGCUUCAAUUUCGACGUCAUUUUAGAAAAUCCCAUCCAGCUUUAUCGCGUAACGGUGGAGGUCGUGGACAUUAAUGACAACAGUCCGUCCUUCCCGCAGCCGGAAAUUCAUUUGGAAAUCGUUGAGAACGCUGCAGUGGGCACUCGUUUCUCACUCGAGAAUGCGAAUGACCCAGAUGUUGGAAUCAAUGCCAUUCAAAAAUAUGCACUAAAACCAUCAGAUAAUUUUAAACUGGAAAUACAAAGCCAACCAGAUGGUGUAAAAUUCAUCGAAAUGGUUUUACAGAAGCCUUUAGACCGGGAGAAGGAGGAGACCCUCACGCUCGUGCUGAUCGCUUCAGAUGGUGGCGAGCCGCAUCGAUCAGGGACAGAGAAAAUUCACAUUACGGUUCUGGACGCCAACGACAACGCGCCAGUGUGCACGCAAGCUGUUUAUAAGGUAGAUGUGCGAGAAAAUUCACCUGCAGGAACCUUGAUCACUACCGUGAGUGCAAGUGACGCAGAUGCAGGCCUCAACGGUGACGUCACUUAUUCCACUCGUUCGGCGAAAGAUACAGAGCAGCUUUUUGAUGUAAAUAUUAAAACAGGAGAAAUUAAAGUUACAGGUAAAUUAGAUUUCGAAAAGUCAAACGGUUAUCAGUUAAAUGUGCAGGCUCGAGACAACGGAGGUUACACAGAUACUUGUAAAGUUUUCAUCAACGUAAUUGAUGAGAAUGACAACGUCCCCACAAUCAAGCUGAUGUCAUUUUCUCAGUCCAUACCUGAGGAUUCUCCCCCAGGCGCAACCGUGGCUGUUUUUAACGUCAAUGACGACGACUCCGACGGCAACGGUGUUGUCAAGUGCUCCAUAAAUGAUGACGUCCCUUUUAAAAUUGAGUCUUCCUUAGAAGGUUACUACACCAUCGUAACCGAAAACUUCUUAGACCGGGAAAGCGUCCCCGAAUACAACGUGACCAUAAACGUGUCCGACCAGGGCUCCCCGCCUCUGUCGAGCAGUCAAAACAUCAACGUUCAAAUAUCUGACGUGAACGACAACCCGCCCAAAUUCCAUCAGUCGGAAUACAGGAAGACAAUCCCAGAGAACAACCCUCCCGGUUUUUCCGUCUUUACUGUCAGUGCCGUUGACGCAGACUGGGGCCAGAACGCUCGAGUGUCGUACUUCCUGGAGGAGGAAGAAGUUCACGGAGUAGCCGUGUCUUCUUUGGUCUCCGUCCAUCCGGAGAGCGGCGUGGUCCGGGCGCUCCGAUCCUUCGAUUACGAGCAAAUCCAGUCCUUCCGCUUCAACGUGAGCGCCCGCGACUCCGGAUCCCCUCCGCUGAGCUCGGCGGCCGCCGUCCGCGUCCUGAUCCGGGACCAGAACGACAACGCCCCUCAGGUGCUGUACCCGGUCCAGACGGGCGGCUCGGGGCCGCACGCCGAAAUGGUGCCUCGUUCGGCGGACGCGGGCUACCUGGUGACGAAAGUGGUGGCGGUGGACGUGGACUCUGGCCAGAACGCCUGGCUCUCCUACAAAGUGCAGCAGAAAUCUUCCCCCGACAGGGGGCUGUUUGAAGUGGGCCUCCACAAUGGAGAAAUGCGAACCGUCCGCCAAGUGACCGAUAAAGAUGCCGUCAAACAAAGACUGACCGUCGUCGUGGAGGACAACGGGCAGCCCUCUCGUUCGGCUACGGUGGUGGUUAACGUGGCGCUGGCGGACGGCUUCCCCCAAGUGCUGAGGUCGGAGUUCGCCGACGAGGACGAGCGGGAGGCCGACGAGCGGCUGACUUUUUACCUGGUCUUGGCUUUGGCUGUGGUCUCCUUCCUCUUCGUGGUCUGCUUGCUGCUCAUCAUAUCGGUCAGAGUGUACAGGUGGAGACAGUCUCGGGACCUGUACGGCUCCAACCUCCCCGUCAUUCCGUAUUAUCCGCCGCGUUACUCCGACACUUUGGGGACGGCGGGGACUCUCCCGCACGUCUACAAUUACGAGGCCUGCGGCACCGCCCGAUCCGCCAAAAGUGCUGCCGGUCACAACGUGCUGCUCGUGGACGCCAGUUCGACGGGCACCGUGCACAAGUGGAGCGAAACGAACAUCCUGGACGAACCUGACUCUCCUCUUGAGGUUGGUCACAUGACAUCAUUUGCAUUCAUGUUGUGAAAACGUUUCCUGGUCUUGUUGUUGUUUCGUUUGCCAAGCAACAGUCGCCCAACAAUUUUUACUCUUCAUCAGAUUCCAUUUGACACUUUGGACAAAUUGAGCAAAUGGAUGAUUUUUGUCUCCCUUAGCAAUCCUUAUGAUCAUGCUUUCAAAAAUUUAAAAAACAAAGUCAUGCAAAUAUGUACAUAUGGCCUCAACAAUGUGUUUUUGUAGUUUAUUUUCUUCACUUCAGUUUAAUGCUAUUCCACUUGUCAGCAAGUGGAAUGUCAAUAGAUGAAUUCUAAAAGUAAGAAAACUAUUUAACAUUUUCGAAAAGAAAUAUGACUUUAUUUUGCUGUUUAUUUUUUUUUUUUAUAUUGGUCCAGUUUUUUGUGACUUGAGACUGAUGAAACAAGUCGACUUCGUGCAUCCAUUCAAACUUAUGAUAUUAUGACCAGAGGUGGGUAG